AUGGCCCUUCUGGCUGAAGAGGGCGAGGGAAAUGGCUUCGACGAUUCUAUUGAGAACCUCGAGGCCGUCACGGCAUCCGGCUUUGUCCGGCGGACGAGGAAGAUCUCAGUGACCAUCGGUGCGGUCUUUUGUCUUGGAAUUCUCGGCACGAUCUCACUUCAGCCCCGGCGAAACCAAGCCGCAGAGAUAUCUGCAAGAAAUGUGAGCUCAGAACUGGAUCGCUUCAGCUUCCUCCUAGAGCGGGAGCUCUUUGAUGUCAGCUUGUUUGACAACAUUAACGUGCCCUACAGCUCGGAGCCCGAGGAAUCGAAGGUCAUUACAACCACUUGCGUCAUUGAUGUGACUCAAGCAAUGUUGUAUUUGGGAAAUGCGAUUGUCUACAUCUACAGGGCUGCAAUUUGCCCUGACACCGAGCCCUUGGGGUGUACGGAACCUGUCGCCUACGCAGUUACCGCUUUGACCUGGUUGGGCUCCUUCCUGGCUAGCGCUUCCACGUCCUGCGCGGACUCCCUGAAUCCCGCAAGCGCCUGCGUUGCCGCCACGCUCCGCGACCUCGCAGCCGCGGGCUCCACUGUCUUUGGCUUUAAAGAGGACUGCCUCCUGACCAAGCCUUUGAUGGACAGUCGGGUCUACCAGGACAGAAGAAAGCUCCCACCAAUAUUGGAGAAGAUCUACUCGUUGAACCAGCCUUUUCCACCAGAGGCACAAAGACGUGCUGUGUCCGCACAGGUGGUGGCAGGCCAAUUCUAUGCUGAUUCAAUUUUUGAAGUUUUUUCCCCACCCUCGGUGUGGGGUUGUUAG